AUGUCUGACGCCGCUGAACCAAAGAAGGAGAAGUUUGCUCCUAAAGAGCCCGUUACGCUCAACCCACCGAAAGAUGACAUCAUAGAACGUGAUUACCUGGCCAAGUGUGACGGCACAAAUGAAGGCUACCCAACACUGGUUGCGAUCAAGGGCGAUGUUUUUGACGUGAGCGGUAAAGAGACGUAUGCACCUGGAAAGGGCUAUCAUGUAUUUGCGGGUAAGGAGCCCAAUCGUGCCCUUGGCCUGUCCUCUCUGAAGCCAGAGGAUUGCAUAUCCGACUACUCCGGAUUGUCGGACAAAGAGAAGCAGGUUUUGCACGACUGGCACACAUUUUUCAGCAAGCGAUACAACAUCGUAGGACGACUGCCAGCUGAUGGUGCUAAUCUCUAGAAGCUGUCUAUCUCAAAACAUCAGCAGGCGGACAUCUGGCCCUCGAGGUAUUUUCAGUCAUGAAGGACGCUCAAGGAGAUCAGUUACUAGACGUAGAUAUCGGAAUGAAGAAAAGCACUUUGAAACAAU